AUGUUCAACCGGAUACCGUCGCGCCUGGCACGCCCUGCCUCCGCCCUCGCUCGUCCCGCGCCUUCAAGCUCCCGCGUAGCCUUGGCUCGCACCUCCAUCCGCACGGCCGCGACCGCCCACAAUGAGCACCGUGGUGAUGACUCGCACGGCCACCACGCAGGCGGACACGACGACCACUUCGAUCCUCCGUCAGGGUGGCUUUGGGGCAUUCGACCGGGAGAGAAAUAUGAAAAGGAAGGGUGGGAAGGUUUCGCCUGGGUGUUUGUGGCCAGCUGGGUGGUCGCUAUUGCAGCAUACACGAUGAAGGAGGAUACUUCGAUACAGACAUGGGCCCUCGAAGAGGCUCGCCGAAGACUAGAGAAAGAAGGGUUUUACGACGACAAAUAG